AUGGUAGACGUGGUAGAUUCUCCUCUGGCGGUGGUGCGCAGUGGUGGAGUCCCACCACCCCUGCUACCAGCAGUGAAGUCCCAGCCAAGUCCUGGUGGUCAGUCAUCCUGCAGUAGUGAACGUUCUCCUUUGGGGAGCACCAACAACAAUGAUAGUGGUGUGGAAAUGAACCUAAAUGCAGCAGGUAGCUUGGAUGAUCUCACUGCAUUAGAAGAUGGAGCUGCAACUGGAGGAGGAGGAGAGCCAGGAACAAUGGGAAUGUCUGCACAAGCUCUGAAGAGGCUGGAGAACCUAAAGAUUGACAAGUUGAAGCAAAUUUGUAGGCCAACCCCUCCUGGCCGAUGUGCCAGUAGCAAGCUUCCGGCCAUUCCUGGUUCAGGAGAAAACAAGGGCAUGUGCGCACCUUCUCCACUUCUCUCUAAUCGACGUGUAAUGGCACUUUCUAGCCAUGAGCUUGGAGGUGGAAGCAGCUCUGCUAAUGACAGAAGAGGAAGUGGCACAAGCAGCUUAAGCUCUGCAUACACUGUGAGCCGUCGUUCUUCUAUGGCGUCCCCAUACCCAUCCAGCCGUCGCUCUAGUGAGGUCUCACAAAUGGGAGGAACAGCAGGGGGAGGAUGCCACCUAUUGAGCCCAGAACAAGCUGGGGGAGAGCCCCUCUCACCUGAGAGCAACCGCAGAGGAGCUCCAUGUCCUGGAGGAGGAUUGCCAGGUCUUCCUAAUUUAACACCUGCUCAGCACUACAAACUAAAGGCCAAGUAUGCUGCAGCCACUGGUGGGCCUCCGCCUACUCCUUUACCUAAUAUGGAGCAGUCAGGCACACCAGUUCGAAGAGGGGGUCUUUUAAGUGAAUACCAAGGACAACACCUGCCUCCUUUCCUACAGCAAGGUGGUCCUCGAAGACACAGUGCCAACACAGAAUAUGGUACAGGUGUUAUCUAUCCUCACCAGGCUCCAGGUAACAACUUCAGGCGAGCCAGUGAUCCGGUGCGAUCAGCAGCAGAUUCACAAGCUCUUCCCAAACGCUUCAAUAGCCUUAAUAAUGUAGCUAUGAUGGGCCGCAGAAAUGCACUACAACACCAUGGCUCUGACGUUAGUCUUGCUCGUCACAUGUACUCUCCUCGCCCACCUAGCAUCACAGAGAAUGUCAUGAUGGAAGCUAUGGGUAUGGAGCCCCAUCUCAAUGCUGUUGAUACAAGCGAUCGUUCUAUGAUGAUUACCCAUGGAGAGAGAAACACGAUGAGCUACCAGCAGCAGAAUCAGACCAUUGGAGGUGGGGGUCCUCUUACAAACCAACUGUCCCCAAGACACAAUUCUCUUGGCUGCCCAGAUCAUGGUUACAUGCAGCGGUACAAUCAAGGUCAUGGAGGAGAGGUCAUUUCCAGGGCUAAUGGAAAUUCAAUGGACCAGCCAAGGCCUCAGCAAGAGGGUAUGUCAAAUACACUUCUUCAGCAGGCUGAAUACAGUAUGAGCACCUGUCAGCUCAGUCCUUCAGGCCCACAUUAUCCUAAUUUAGGACAUGGUGGUAACUCUGGAGGACUUUGGAAUGGUACUCACAACCAAAUGCAAACGUCCAACCAUUCUUUUCAAAACCAGCAAUCAAUGCAGUAUUCAGAUCCCAGUCUGCAGCCUCAACAGACACAACCCCAUUUCAGCAAUCAGACAGGUCUCUACAACAAUACGGAUGGAACUCACAAACUCAUUAUCAAGCCUGAGCAGCAGUUCCACCCAGGUAUGGGUGGAGGAGGUUCCUGUCAAAGUGCUAAGCUACAUCAGCAACAAAUGCUGCUGCAACAAACACAGGGUUACCCUCAACAGAUGGGUCAGGGAUCAAUGAGGAGCUCCAGCCAUCCCAGCUGUGACUUUCAAAGGCCAAAUCAAAAUUGUUUCUCUGGUGGAGGGGGGGUAAGCUUGGGCUGUGUUGGCUCUACAUUGUCGGAUGGACAAAGGUCAGAAACUCCAAUGAUGCAGGUAAAAGAGAUGAUGGUGAGGAAUUAUGUCCAGUCCCAGCAAGCACUCAUGUGGGAGCAGCAACAAGAACAGCCGCAAAAUGGAAUUAAACCACCUCCUGUUUCUGACAAUAUGGAUUUGAGUGCUCAGACAGCAAUUAUACAACAGAGUCCAGAGCACCAGAAUCAGAAUUUAUACUCUAGCCAGGCUUAUCCUUCCUAUCCUGACCAGAGUCUGAUCAUGAGCCCCUCUGCUCACAGUCAAGGGCCCAUCUCAGUUACACCUAAAGCCCAGCACCUAGCAGGUAUCCAGGGUUCUUGCUAUAAUCAGGAAAUGGUGGUACCCAGGCCCCCUCAGGGACAAAAGCCUCUCAGCCGUCAGAACAGCCUGUCACAAGUCGGAGGAGGUUAUAUUGGCAGCUCACCCCACCUCAGCCCUGUCCACUCCACUUCUAGUCCAAGACGAGGGGUUCGACUUCCUCCAGUUCCGCAUCCACAGCAACCCCAAAAUGAGAUGUUCUCUCCCUCCAGUAACAACAACAACAUGUACUACUCGGGUCAGAUACAUAUUGAUAUGGAGAAACACAUGGACCCCCAGAAUGGACCUUACCUUAAUCAGCAGAACAGUAUUGUGUCGGGCCUGGACCCAACCGGUGAUACAAAGUCAGCCCCAUUGGUUCCCUACCCUGAGUCUGGUCCUGUUUCGAAUGCCUUAGAAAACUUGGAUUUGGACAAUGCUCGCAUAGACUUUACAUCCAUCAUUGAUGAUGCCAAUUCUUCCUCAUUUAGUCCAGUCAACAAUCCCCUUCAGGAACAUUUGGGAUCUACUUCCCAGGCUUCCUCCCGUCUCACCACCCCACAGACUUCUGUCAGCCUUGCUCCAGGCUCUGGCCUGUCCAACAUGGCAGUGGGUGACAUGACAUCCAUGCUUACCUCACUGGCUGGGGAGAAUAAGUACCUGAACACUUUGUCUUAG